AGCUCGCAGAUCACGAGCUUGCUCUAUCCGACGCGAGGAAUCAGGCAAGGAUAGCAGAGAAAUUUUGGAUUGGUGGAGUUCGAAGAACAACUUAACGAAAAAGAUAUGAUGCAGCGCAUGGGAAUCAGACCUCAUGACCAUCGGAGGGACAACAGAGCGAUCAUCUCGGAAUUAAGCGCUAGAAGUCACGCGAUGAAACAGAUUGCGAGUGAGCCGGAGCCACCACCUGUGAAGCCUCCAAGAAUCAGGCUGGAUCAUCCUCCGCGUGCUAGCGUAAGAUCUGGAGAGACGGACUUUCUCUCCAAGAACUUCAAGGAGGCUGGCGUUCGACGGCCACCUCCCAAGCAAAAACAAAAGCACGAGACACCGGAGCAAAAGAACAAUGGCAACAAGAACAAGGAAAGCUUCGGCAAAAUACCAGCAUAUUUGAUUCGGAGAAAGAUGGAGCUGGCUUUCGAUGCGGAACGCAAGUUGCUGGAAGAGGAGGCUAAAAGCUUGCCUCCAGGAUUUGUGCUGAUGCCCGACGAGGAGAAGCAAGAGGUGUUAAAGACGCUCGAAGAAAACAAAGUUGAUCUGGAGAACAAGCUCCGAGGUCUUCCGCUGGUGAUCGAAACUCCCAGCUUGCUGCGCUCCAAGAUCGACAUGGACACGCAGCUCCGAGAAACAGAGGACGCGAUCAAGCGUUUCUCCAGGCCCAAAGUUUACAUCUCUCUGGACGACAGCUAAAAAAGGGGAUAUACCUGCCGUGCAAAGGCGUGAGAAUCCCUGCGUGGAUGGCUGGAUAGCAGCCACGUACGCCGGGUAAGCUUGCAUGGAGAAUUACUUUUACCCGGGAGA